AUGGUUGUAUCAACACCGACGGUUGUCUCUCCACCAACUCUUUCUCAAUCAUCUGCAAGUCAGCCAGCAUCAACGGGUGAACUUAUGUCUUGUAAGAAGCCUGUGGUUACCCCAAUGAGAACAAUUCUUCCAUUAAUACUGACUCGCACUUCUACUUCUUCUACCGUUGAAAGUAGUAUUUUGCUUGGUCCUAUAUCAUCAUUGACAUUGGCAACAUGGACAUCAACAGUACCAUCAGCAGCCAACAAAACAUCUGUUAUCUCCAGCUCCACAGUCAAAACCAGCAGCGCUCUCAAUCUUUCUUCCGCGGUUAGUUCUACUAUUACGGAGUCUAGUUCAAGCAUGCCUUUUGUCUCAAGCCAAACAAUAUCCGAACCAGAGUCUACUUGGAGCAUUGUUGAACCAGUCACUUCAUCUUCAUCUUUCACUACUUGGGGUACUAUGGGAUCUGCAAUCUCCUCCACCGUUGUUCCCACCUCAAAGCCAGCAUCAAUAUUGAUCAAUUCUGCUCUUAAAUUGGUUCCAAGUGAAGUUUUCUCCGAAGCCAUUACUACUACGGACUUGAGUGCUUUAGCAUCAUCUGCAGGAUUUAUAGGCGCGGUUACAGAAAUUAGUUCUACUCCAACUCCAACUCAAUCACCAUCGGGUAGAGUAUAUAGUGGCAUGGCUUCUAUUGGAGGAUGGAAUAAAACUUCUUCCAUGAUAUUUGAAUCAUUAUCUCUCCGUGUUCAUACGUCUUUCACAAUCGGGACUUUGACUACUUUAUCAGCGGCAGCUGGAUUCAAAAAUUCUAAUCAACCUUCAGCACAUUUUCCUUCAUCUACUGGUUCAACAUUCUUUCCUGCCAGUUUAACUCCUUCGGCAGAUCCAUUGACUGGCACAACUUCAAUAUUCAAAGUUGUUUCACUUUCCAGCAUGAUUCCAUUGUACAGCGCGACUUGGACAACUAAGACUAGUUCUUUGUCUGUCCCUAGUACAAUGUCGACCCCGUUUCCAAUAUUUAAUGCCACAUCAUUGCCUGUUUCUACUUCAAUGUCUUCAGUCUCAAUAUCUAAGACCACUUCAAUGUUUCACUCAACUCGAUUGACUACAUCUGCUUCAAUUUCCGGCUUUAUUCCCACAAUUGUAGGACCUAGUUCCGUUGCUUUCCCCAAUUCAACUUCGGUUACAUCUACUAGCAUGUCACCCUUAUCCACAUCAUCAAAUUGUGGAGAGCAAGGAGAUUUCGUAUUGAAUCCGGAACCUCUAUUCAAUCCAUACCGUCAAUUCCUCUUUUCAGACGGCUUCACAGUAGUUCCACCACCAAAACGUCUACCAUUCCUUCCUUCUUCGUCGCCCUUGCUCCUUGAAUUCAUACCAAACUUCGAUGCCAAUUCAUCAAAUAAAGAAACAGGACCAAACGCAGCAGACCAAGGUUUCUCCGGUCAAAUAGGAAGUGGCGAUGAAGGAUUUACUGGUUGUUUUACUUUCAAUCUAUACGGAGCAUCACUAGGCUGUGAUUCAAGAGAUGCCGCAUGUGGUUUCACAUUUACUGGAUAUAGUUAUGAUGUCGCUUCGAAGAAGACUUCUAAAGUUGCUCAACAAGUUAUCAAUGUCCCAGCUUGUCCUGAACUUUCAAAUUGUGUCUUGACGAGUGUGGAAUUGGAUUCUAGUUUUAGGGAUUUGACAUAUUUCUUGAUGAAUGUUACUGUAGCCGGUGAACCGAAACUUUGGUGGACGGAUGAUCUUCGUUUGGGAUGGUUUGAUAAUAGUUGUUCGAUGGGUUUCUGUCGCCAAAAGACUCAUUUGAGGCGCUGA